UUAAGAGGAGGGAGGGAAGCUAGAAGGAGGGGCUAGGGUGAUGACGAGGAAACGAGGCGGGUGCACAUCACUGAUAACCAGCGCAACCAUGGAGGCAGGAUUUAGGGCAUCUGGGUGCUGCAGACAAGGUCACUGCCAAAUCUGAAUCUGUGCCCCCCACCAUGUCCUCCUGCCUCUUUCAUCCACGCUGCAUGCUUCUGGCAGCGUUGGCUUUCUUGUGUGUCUGGGCCAUCUUUGGCCCGUCUGAGCUAAGGGAGUUCUCCUUCACACCCCCAAAGCCAGCCCCAGCUGCACCUGGGCACCCGCUCUCCUUGCCCCACCUUCUGGUCCCUAAUGUAGGGGUUUGCAAAGGUUCCGGUUCCCAAGUUUUCCUUCUGAUCCUAGUGAGCACUGCCCCUGAGCAUCAGGAGCAGAGAGAUGCUAUUCGAGCCUCCUGGGGAGGUCUACAGGAGAUCCAAGGUCACUUGGUCCGGACACUCUUUAUACUGGGGGAACCUGAUAAUAGUCAUGGGGGAAACAUUAAAGAAGUACUGAAAUGGGAAGCCCAGAUCGAGGGGGAUAUCGUGCAGGCUGCUUUCACAGACUCAUAUCGAAACCUUACCCUGAAAACCUUAAGUGGACUGGCGUGGGCAGCCAGGUACUGCCCCAACGUCCAUUAUGUCCUCAAAACCGACGAUGAUGUCUACAUCAAUGUCCCUGGGCUCGUGGCUGAACUUGACCAGCGAGGAAAGGCCCUGAAACAGCAUUUACAAGAGAGAGAUCCUAACAGAGGAAUUGUUCAAGCGGACAGGAAGGCUAAAACUGGAGAGAAAGAAUCAGAGGGUGCCCAUAGCCUGUACCCUCCUGUACCCCACCUGUACCUCGGUCAUAUCCAUUGGAGUGUUUACCCUUCCCGCUUGAAGGGGAGCCGGCAUCAGGUGUCAGAGGUGCAGUGGCCUUCUUCCCGGGGUCCUUUUCCCCCUUAUGGUUCAGGCACCGGCUAUGUGUUGUCAGCCCCAGUACUGCGGCUGAUUCUGAGGGCAGCUGGCGGUGUACCUCUAAUACCAGUAGAGGACGUUUUUGUUGGAGUGAUUGCCAAGAGGGUGGGGGUUGCCCCCACCCACAGCUCACGGAUAGCGGGUGCUGCUCGCUACCCCAUUGACCGAUGCUGCCUUGGGAGGAUAUUGCUAAGUUCUCACCACAUGGAGCCCUGGGAGAUGAAGAGUGCCUGGGAGCUUGUGAGGGGUUCCUCAGGGAAUGGGGACAUGCCACUCUGUUCCUGGCUUCAGGAAGCUCUGGGAAUAGUGAGAUGCUGGAUCCUGAGUUGGUGGUAUUUUUGAUGACACCUGAGUCCUCAGGAGAGGAGCUGGGGCUGGAGAUGCGUCAAAAGGAGGGAAUUAGAAGGGGCUGGGGCCACAGUGGAGUUUGGAUACUAGGGAUGCAGUUGCCCUAGGAUUUUUAUCCCUCCUCCCCAACAAUCCCAGCUUGUCACCAAGCAGUGACGUCUGCCCCAAGCCCAUGGACUCAGUGGCCUGAUCUGUAGUCCCAUUCCACAUUCUUAAGAGCUGGGAAGUAUCCAAAGAGGACUCAGAUCAAAGAUAGCUGGAUGUGGGGGAGGCUAGAUGGGCCCUGAUCAACAGGGGAGAAAAGAAAAGCCUUCCUCCCCAUCCUGGGAUGGUCAAAGGGGACAGAGUUGAGACUGUCCCCAAAGAGGUGAGAGCUAUUUCUCAGUAAAACUUCCUUGUUUGCCCCAACUUCGUGUACUGUCUUAUAUGAGACCACAGUACACUAAUGAAACGUGAUCUUAGGGUCCAUUGAGUGGUGUCCAGGUCUAGGGAGAUUAUAGUCCAGCUGUAACAGUUCAGUUGUGCUCCGUUCUGGGAACCACAUCAGCUGGGAAGAAAGUGAGCCUGCCCAAGGGGAAGGGGAAGCUAGCUAGUGGAUAGAGCACCGGCCCUGAGGUCAGGAGGACCCGAGUUCAAAUUCGGCCUCAGACCAAA